AACAGACAGGCGCGUCCUCAGCUGCUGCAGGAGUGAACGGGUUAACAGGGAGGAGGAGGAGGCUGGAAGAAGAGGAGGAGUGAUCGAGGAGGAGCGAGCGGUGAUUCUCACACUGACCGCAGUACUGAUAGAAGCACAGCGCGGCUGGUGUCCGGCUUUUUGCCAAAGUGGUGUCAUUUGCGCUGUGUGAGACCGCCAUCACCAGGAGGGUAGGUUUAGAUUUUGCGCACGCGUCUCAGAAGACAGGCGCGCGCUCUUCACUUCCUUGCCUUGGACUCUGCUGAUGCAUUUUGGAUAUUUUUCUGAUUGCAUUCUGAAUGCCUCCUGAUCUCCUGGAUGACACGAUGCUGAAUUAAAUAGUGGACACGGAGGAGAAAAUGCGAGGCAGCGGAGGACGCGGUGCGCGCGGUGCAGGUGGAUGGCCGACCUGAUGCUGCAGAGAAAGAGAGAUCGAGAGAGAUAGAGAUAGAGAGACCGACAAGUGCACACACACACACACAGAGAGAGUGAGAGAGAGAUAGAGAGAGAGAGAGUGCUGCCAUGCUAUACUAGCCGGGUGUGACAGUAGUGAGCUGAGAUCACCAUGCUGCCCGGGGUCGGUGUGUUCGGCACGAGCCUGACAGCGCGGGUGAUCAUCCCUCUGCUGAAGAGUGAAGGCUUCUCAGUGGAAGCGCUGUGGGGCCGCACGCAGGAGGAGGCCGAGGAGCUGGCCAAGGAGAUGGACGUGCCCUUCUAUACCAGCCGCAUCGACGACGUGCUUCUGCACCAGGAUGUGGAUCUGGUGUGCAUCAAUCUUCCACCGCCGCUCACACGCCAGAUCGCCGUCAAAACGCUUGGAAUUGGCAAGAAUGUCAUCUGUGACCGCACGGCCACACCUCUGGACGCCUUCCGCAUGAUGUCAGCAGCGCAAUACUACCCCAAGCUGCUGAGCAUUAUGGGUAACGUUCUGCGUUUUCUUCCGGCCUUCGUGCGCAUGAAGGAGCUGCUAGAGGAGGGCUACGUGGGAGAACUGCUGGUCUGCGAGGCACAGGUUCAUGGCGGCAGCCUUUUGGGUAAGAAAUACAACUGGAGCUGUGAUGACUUGAUGGGUGGUGGAGGACUUCACUCUGUGGGCAGCUACAUCAUCGACCUGCUCACGUUCCUGACUAGUCGGCGCGCCAUCAAGGUGCACGGCUUCCUCAAGACAUUUAUUAAACAGACAGACCAUAUCAAGGGCAUCAGACAGAUCACCAGUGAUGACUUUUGCACUUUCCAGAUGGUGCUGGAGGGUGGAGCCUGCUGCACCGUGACGCUCAAUUUCAAUGUGCCAGGUGAGUUCCAGCAGGAGGUGGUUGUGGUUGGAACGGCUGGACGGCUCACAGUGAGUGGCACUGACUUGUAUGGUCAAAAGAACAGUGGCAUUGGAGGUCGUGAGCUACUGCUCAAAGACAGCACACCUUUAGGCAAUGCCUCGCUGCCUGACAAGGCCUUCAGCGACAUUCCUACGCCUUACCUCACUGGUACCAUCUGCAUGGUCCAGGCAAUACGUCAGGCCUUUCAGGGCCAGGAGGAUCGGCGGACAUGGGACGGCCGGCCGCUCACCAUGGCCGCUACAUUUGAGGACUGUUUGUAUGCUUUAUGUGUGGUGGACACAAUCAAGAAGUCCAACCAGUGUGGCGAAUGGCAGAACAUCGUAGUGAUGACGGAGGAACCUGAGGUCAGUCCAGCCUACCUGAUCAGUGAGGCCAUGCGACGCAGCAGGAUGUCCCUCUACUGCUAAAGUUGCUUGACUGCUGACUGAAUAAAUGUGAAAGGAAGUAAAUAACUAUAAUUUAAGCUGGGAUUAAAAAAACUGCUGAAUUUUAUGGUUAAAAAUAGAAGGAAUGAUCAAGAAUGCAAACAGCAAUAUACUCUUUCUGCAUUCAUUGAACACCACUGCUUCUGGAUUAAAUCACACUCGAUUCAUGGAGGAUGAGUGUACAACUGAUAUUUUCAACACUGGAGAACCAUUAAAAAACAUUUAGCUAGGGCAAACAUUGUUCUGUCCUCCUUGCAUGGUGAUAAAUGUGCAAACCCAAUGGGCUGUCCUGUGUGUGUGUCCUCUAUGUGUGUGCGUGUGUGUAGAACAUUACAAAAAUCAAUAGUUUGGCUGGUAGUCCUUUUAGAGAGGAACUCCCCUCCGGUUAAUUACGCAAUAAAUCUGCCCAGAUAUGCUUGUGUGUCUGAAAUACAAAGGAAAGGCUUGUUUUUUUUUUUUUAGCUGUGUCUGCAGAGGACAGUAUAAUCCCAGCAUGCUAGCACAAGUCUACUGUUCCUUUACAUUUUAGGCACAAAUUCUGUUCUUCAGAGCUUAUAUGAAGCUAGCCAGCUUGUUUCUGAGCUUAAUGUAUCCAGAGUGUGAUGCAAAACCAAACCAGUCUCGCAUGCAAAGACGAAAGCUGUGAAUCACAUCUCAAACAAUCAGCAGUGGCCACUGGUUAGCACAGCGUGGGUAGGUGUUCCAGCAUGCAGCCACCUGCACUGUUAAAGUGUUGCACUUGAAAAUAAUUACUAUAAUUAAGACUUAAGCAAACAAGUAGUAUAUGUGGCAGACAUACAACACGAAGCGAAAUAGUAAACACCCCUAUUGUUUUACAGAUUCAUGGUCAGCAUACACUAAGUGUCAUUGAGCUGUUACAUAGCAGAAGCAGUUACAUGUACAAUAAAUCUACAUAAUACGUUCUUUUUACAGGAUGUUAUAUUUACAUUAAUAUAAAAUCUGACAGUUUAAAGCCAAUUUUACAAUUCAUACCUGUUCAUCAUACCUGUAUGCUCCGAGGUAGAUUUAGUUCAGACGUGUCGUAAUUCAAUUUUUUUUUUACACGUCUAGUGACAUUCUUGCACAUUGUUGAGGGCUAGACACAGCAAUUAUAAGCCUAAAAACAUGUAUACCAAAAUAUUUAAAAGAAUGCAAAAAUUCCUACGCAAUGUUUAGUGCUGUCUUGACCACCACAUGAUCCUGAAUUAGCUACAUUUCUAGUGCAUAAUUGUAAUAGAAGUUACAAUAUUAGUCAUUAGAUACCAUAGUAGUCAUUAGCUAAUUAUUAGUUCAGUUUAUUUCUAACACUGACCCACAAGCCAAAAGAUUGUUUUUAUUGAACUCUUUUUAUUUGGUUUGGUUUAUAUAGGCUUUGCUUAUAUAGUACAAAGCUCUACUAUUUACCAUUGUUCGCUGAUUCCUUUUCCUGUUUCUGUUCCAAUUUGUUAAUGUACCAUGUCAGACAUGACAAGGGUGGUACAUAAGGGUCAGAUCUAACUGGUUGAAACUGUCGGUAAAAAUCACAAACAUAAUGCAAAGACUCCACAGGAUUAGUAGCAAGAACUACUUCCUGUCACUGUGUUAUUUGUUUGUACAGUCGAACGCCAUGCUAAUUGUGAUGCAACGAAAUGAAAGUUCUUGGCCGAAAACUAGAAAAUUUCUAGAUUUAUUCAAUUGGCUUUUUUGCACCAUAAAUAAAUUAAAUUCAUUUAUAUAUUUAUUUAUAUUAUUUAUACUUUAGAAUAAAUCGUAGUUAAACACCGAAAAGAUAAUGAACUAUAAUCACUGGCACUGAAAUUGUUACACGUGCUUGAAAUUGUGAUGCACACAUGCAGUGCAAUCUGAGCAGGUCAUAAAUAAGCUACAAGUUCAGGGUUGCCAGAUUGGUCACAGUUUCCAGUUCACUAGAAAUCAAUCUGGAAAUGUAACAUGAAAAAUGACAACUACAUACCCACAGACAUUUUCUUUACACUCAAAAUGAUUACAAAAAGCCUAAAAGAAUUUUCAGAGGUUGUAUUUGGUAAGAUAGGGGAUCCUUCCUAACCUGGCAACACUGUUCAUGUUUCUGAUGGUGUUUUUAAUUGCAUAAUCUAAUUUGUAGUGUUGUAUUUUAAAAUGCUGUAUUCAAUGUUAAAAAAAAUUAAAGACAAGGUAACAUUUCGGUUAACUUUUUACAGCGUUUGUACUCUUUUAUCUAACAACCGGAUGUGUUGCGCUCGAGUGUUUUCGGCCAAAAAUUUUCAGUGGUGUGAAAUUUCAUAAGCCUCCCUAGAACUACUGUAAUAAAUAUGACCGUUUAUUGAACUGUUCAAAAAGUGUCAUGGUAAAUGAAAUGUCAAAGAAAUUUACUUUGAGAAUGUUAUUUUGACAUUUUGUCAAGUGUGAAUUUUAUUUUCUUUUUAAACUGCCUGUGAAAAACAUUUGCUGUACAUAACUACAUACGUUUUUAUACAUGCUAAGCGUAAUAUAGACAUAUUUAUUUUGGAUGUUUCACACUGAACUAGGUAUUGUGUGUCUUGUUUGAGAGGUGCAUUGAUGCCUUUGAUUUAGAUGCUUCUCCAAGAGAGGAACAGCACUUCCACUGUGAUGCUAUGGUUACUGUCCAUGUGUGACCAAAAUCUGACUGGUUUUUGUUUUUGUUUUUGUUUUUUAUUGGUCAGUUUCAUGGCUGGUAAUUCACACAGUAUCAAAUAUAAUCGUUAUAUGAGAUUACACUGGAAAACUGGCAUGAAAAUCAUCUCUGGAUUUGCAUAUUUAUAAUAUUUGCUUCCUAAAAUGAAUCUUUUUUGCUCUCUUGAUCCUUGUACCUGAUAUUUGUGCUUGCGCGCAUGUUAUUCUUAUAAUCUUAAACAAAAGGAUACUGUUUCACUCAACCAUUUUCAGUGACCUUUCACCUCUUUCUCUUAAUCAUUUUACAUUCGCUCCACUCGAUUUGACAUCUAUAGAUUUUUUUAAUAUGAUUUUAAACUGGAAAAUGAUUUCGAGUUAUUCGUUUCAGGGAUCUCCUCAACGAACAGAUGGACAGACGUAAAUUUAACUCGUCUGGCAGCCUGCGUUCGCUCGGCUUUCUGUUUAAUUACACGUCCCUGCGUCAAAGCUCCGGUUCACUUCUCUAAUUGAUCUGAUGACUACAAGUCAUGUUUUCUCGGAGCAGAAACAAGCUGCAGCCUAUUAGAUAGUAUAGAGCCUGGAAUAAAGAGCUUGAAAUUUAAUCCAGUUAUCCGUAACAUGCAAAUACAAGCAACUCUCAUCAAAACAGCUUCUGACGGUUGUAUUUGCAGUUGUUGUUUAUGAAGAAGAAUCUGCUUAAAAAGAUAGAAUACGAAUGUGUUUAAAAAAAAACUGAGAUGCUGGUUACAGGCAACAUCUUUAAGGAUUACAAAAUUAAAUCUGAUUUUGUUUGAUAUCAGACUGAUAACCAAAAAGCUUGACAUUAUCUGAGUUCACCUGAGGCAUCCUUUCAGAUUUUAUUCCUCGGAUAUCCAGAGAUGACUCCUGCAGUAACAUGUUAAAAAAAAAAAAAAAAAAAAAGAAUUGUUUUAUUUAUUUAUUUAUUUUUAAACAGGACAGAUGUUAUCACCAGUAACGAUGGCUUUGGAAAAAAGGAUAAAUUAAAAGAUUAUGUUGUUUUCUAAUUAUUUCAUAUGGUUUACAUUGUCGCCACCUUAAAGCUCUGUCCUAAUACAACUGCUGUAGUAAUGCAAUUAUGCAAAUAGCAUAAUAUUACAGAUUGCAGAUGUAACUGAAAAAGUGUGAUGUUAUUGUGUCCUGAUUAGUUUUCACCCGAGAAAUACUGUACCUGUGAUAACAAAUCUGUUAUGUUGCCAGUCAUUGCUUUGCUCUUUCUGUACCUGUUUUUCAACUGUAAGAAAUAAUUUAAAAAAGUCGUUAAACAUUACAUCUGUAUAUGUUUGAAGUGUGUAUAUGUCCGCUAGCACUGCUGUGGUAUAAAGGUCUCUUUCCUUCCCUUUAUUUAGCAUUAGCAAACAUGUUGAAAAUGAAGGUGGGGGUUGGGGCGUGCUAAAAAGGAUGAGACUCAACAGUCCUGCUUUGGCCACACUUCAACAGGACACGCUCGGCUUUCAAAACCGAUUCUGGUGAAACAAAGCAUUGAUGGAUGGGUGAGAAGGGUGAGACGGAGAGAAAAAGUGAAUCUUUUGACCCGUCCCUGGGAAGCGAUUAACGCGUAGCCUCGUCAACUCUUCCCACUCCGAAUGUUAAACUCUCACACGGUCCUGUGUGGGAUGGGUUAGUGCUAUUGUCUUGGGUGACUUUUGCUCAGUGUUGCUUUAGAUUGCUGUGUUUAGACAGUAGAGAUGAUACAGAUAUAAACAUCUACACACCUUUAAUUGCCGUUCGGAUGGAGAGGGUGUUGGUCUGCUCCAACUGAGAGCGGCCUGCUUCAGUAUGAAAAGACUCCAAGCUCAAAGAAGAGCUUCUCCUGCUGCCUGAGACAGUAUCCUAGCAACCGAAUACCGCUGGGCGAAACCAGCCUUAUCGUACAUGUUUUCCAUUCUCCUUUUCUCCUCAAAAGACAGUUACAGAGGCACUGAUUUGCAUGGCAGACUUCCAAUUAUCUUUAAUAUGGUGGUGUACAUUUUGAACUGUUUUAUUAUAAUAUUUUAAAUGCUUGAGACACUCACUGAUAUUAACAAAGGCCACAUGGUAUGCAGUAUAAUCCUCUAUGCUCACUGGAUUGGAAGACAUUAUAACCCCUCUGGGAAACUAUAAAUUUGUCAGAUGGAAAAACAGUAAUGCAGAAACACAUUUUUACACACUAAAAACCUAUAAAGGUUUUAUGCAGACUCCAUACAAAAGGUUUUAUUUAUUGUUGAGUUUUCAUUUGCCUGUUUGAUCGUCACUUGAUUUAAGUGAGUUUAAAUUAAUUAAACCUUAAAACAAGUAGGAUUGUAACAUGGUUUACAUGGACCUGUUCUGUUUAUAGAAAGUUCAGGAUUAAAACCCAUCAAUAAAUAGCCAGAAUAUUAUUGUACAUAUUUAUAUAAUGAGAAUAAUAUUUGAAGAUGUCCUAAAAUAAUUCUUGACAAAGUGGUUUUUUGGAUUUUUGUUAUUGUUGUUGUUUCAGCCAUUUAUCGCCAUGUCUUUAAUGUAUGUUAUCAAGCUCAAUUAAACUCCCUGACUAAAGAUAACUAAAAUCAACAUAAACCAAACAUUUUGACAUUUAAGCAGUUUGAACAUCACUAUGUAUGCUGAUAAAGCACAAAAAAGGAUUGAUUUUUAAGGCACAGAGAUGGAAAUGUCUUCAGACUGAAGCAGGAGUGAGUGUGGAGGAGUGAGUAUGGGUCACCAUACUUAGCUGUAUGUCACGUCACUCCAGCUUAUUCCCAAAAUGCAAAUUUUUCAGUCAGGACUCAGCCACAUGAGGUACAGUAGUUAAUGAAACUACUAGUUCAGUAAUCCAGUCUCUGUGAUACCUCUGAGUGUGGUGUUAAAGAUGCAGAGCUUUGGAAUGAAUCAAAAAGAAUACAGCAUUUGUUUGGCACCUAAAGCCAAGCCCACUAUUUUCCUCACCACAAGGGGUCAGUGUUGUGACAUACAGCAGUAUGGUGAUCCAUACUCUGAAUUCGUUCUCUGCAUUUAACCCAUCCAAAGUGCACACACACAGCAGUGAACACACAAACACCAUGAACACACAGCCGGAGCAGUGGGCAGCCAUUUCUUUAUGCUGCGGCGCCCGGGGAGCAGUUGGGGGGGGUUCGGUGCCUUGCUCAAGGGCACCUCAGUCGUGGCCGGCCCGAGACUCGAACCCCCAACCAUAGGGUGAGGAGCCAAACUCUCUAACCAAAUCAAAUCUAAUCAAAUAACACAAUUAAACUGACUACCACUAAACUACACUCGUGUUGAAAGUCAGACUGAAAAAGCCACGUAAUAGUAGAAACCUGUAGGCCAUGUGAAGGCCAUUGUAACACAAUUUCCAGUGUUAAAAUUUCCAACCCAACAUUAUCAACACUGCUCAGGAUGCUCAGUUUGUUAUGAGUCAGUUUUUAUAGUUAUAGUUAUCUUUGAUUUAAGACUUUUUGUCAGUGAAAAUCCCAGGAAUAAAAAACUCUCAAAAUAUAAUCUAAGGUUAAAGGUUAUUCUCAUGAACAAAUCUGAAUGUGGUAUUUCUAGAGGUUUUUUAAUAGUCAAAUGUCUUCCAAAUUUUGAGAACUUCUGACGUAGAGACACACAUUCUUGGAAAGUGCACCUGGCUAACACUUAUUUGACUACUCAAAUGUGUGACGCAACUCACUGUCCUGGAGCCAUGUACGCCUCACACACAUUUCCUGGUCACCUCAGGUGGCAAGCCCUUUUUUUCAUGUUGUAGAUCUGCCGUAGAGAUUUGUUUGUGAAAGCUGCCUUUGCAUUGUCGUUGUCAAAGAUGACAAUUUCUUUACUUUACUAUAUAUGCUGUAUAUCAUGGAUGCAUGGAUACUUGUAUAUAUUUUAGAGUGGCAGAAACAUAUUUAUCAGUCUUGAAUUAGCGAAUGUAAAUGUAAAAGUAGCAUUAAAACUAUAUUUUAUAUACCUUUGUUAUGGAAAGCUAGAACAGGAGAACUCUGUCCCUACACUGCCACAAUGCGUGUGUGUGUGUGUGUGUGUAGCAUGGAGUCUCUAUGUAUUAGAUCGUUGUUUAUGGAAUGUUUCUUGUCCAGACCUGACCAUCCAAGUGGUGUCUCAUCUGAUGCUGCAGUUUCUAUGGAAUUAAAAAUAUGUAAACAAA